AUGUUUCCAACGUUGCAAGUAACAGUAUCUGGCCUGGAACCAUCUGUGCGUUACUCAUUAAUGGUCGAUUUGACGUGUAUUGAUAACAAAAGGUACCGUUACGCUUUCCAUCAAUCAAAAUGGAUCGUCGCUGGACCAGGAGAAGCGGAAUUGCCAUGUCGAGUUCAUGUGCAUAGUGAAUCACCUGCUUCCGGGGAACAUUGGAUGCGCCAGACAGUAUCCUUUGAUAAAAUUAAGUUAACCAACAACCAGCUAGAUCAGAACGGGCAUAUAAUUGUAAAUUCGAUGCACCGUUAUCAACCAAAUAUACACGUCGUCGUGCAUGCUGAUGGAAAUGGACGUCAAUGUCGAACAUUUUCAUUUCCCAAUACAUCAUUCAUGGCUGUUACUGCUUAUCAAAAUCAUCGGAUAACAGAGCUAAAAAUCGAGAGUAAUCCGUUUGCCAAAGGAUUCCGCGAAUGUGAAAUGAAUGAAUCAUUUCCUUUCCUCAUCAAUCCAUUAUUCCCAUUCUAUACAACAUUGCUUGCUUCGCAUUUUCGUGCUACCAAUCCAUUUAAUAAAUAA